AUAAGAACAUAUAAAAGCAUAACGGUUGAAACAACCCUUAGUCUAUGGCAAUGGCAGCGUUGGCCUUAUUAGAGGACAUUGCUAAUGGCAGAAUCAGAAGAGAACGAGUUUUUAGGGACCACAAUGAUUUUCUGGCCCAGGAUGAUGACUGGCUUAUCAGCCGUUUCAGAUUUCCAAGGGCUGUCCUCUUGGAGCUCUGUGCUGAGUUGGGUCCGAAUCUAGAGAGAGAGACAAUGAGGAGCCACGCAAUACCCGUUCCCUUGCAGGUGCUGACAACACUUGGUUUCCUGGCAACUGGUUCUUUCCAAAGGGAACUGGCAGACCGCUCAGGAAUAAGCCAGUCGUCUUUGAGCCGGGCAAUGCCAGUGGUAUGGGACGGGAUCAUCCGCAUGUCUGCCAGGUAUAUCAGGUUCCCAUAUGAUGCAUUUGACCAGCCAAACAUUAAAAUGCAAUUUGCAGCGAUAGCCGGUUUUCCUAAUGUUAUCGGAGCGAUCGACUGCACACACAUUGCUAUAAAGGCGCCAUCUGAAGAAGAAUUUGCAUAUGUGAAUCGGAAACAUUUCCAUUCAAUAAAUGUGCAGAUAAUAUGUGAUGCACAAAUGCGCCUAACAAAUAUUGUGGCAAGGUGGCCUGGGUCAACCCAUGAUUCAUACAUCCUUACAAACAGCAUGGUUGGGAUGAGGCUCCAAGCUGGCAGGGUGCGUGAUGGGUGGCUUCUUGGAGACCGCGGUUAUCCACUAAAGACGUGGCUUUUAACCCCCCUCACCAACCCACAAACUGACCGAGAGCGCAGAUACAAUAAUGCCCAUUCUCGCACUCGUUCAGUUGUAGAGCGGGCGAUUGGGCAGCUGAAAUGUCGGUGGCGCUGCCUUGACAGGACUAGGGGGAUGUUGUUAUACCGCCCUGACAAGGUGUGCCGCAUUGUGCUGGCCUGUGGUGUGCUGCACAAUGUCGCGCAUAGGCAUGGCAUACCACUUGGUGAGGUGGCAGCACCGCCAGAUGACCCCGACCCAGGACCAAUUUAUGUGCAGCCCAACCAACAAGCCGUUCAUGCCCGCCAACAUGUGAUUGCGACAAUAUAAAUGGUAAUCAGAGACAAAAGUUCACUUUUUGACCAAUUCCUUUAAUGAGUGGCUUAUGUCUGUGAGUGCGUCAGUGAUAUUUUUCAGGUGACUGUUAAUUUCCCCGAUGGCCAUAAUGAUUUGCUGUUGUGACUCCAAAACAGCAUGUGUCAAGACGCGACCAGACGGACGGGCGUCAGCACUGGGGAGAGCACUGGAAACGCUGGGCACAGUGGGCGCUGGCUGCUCAGGAGGGGCGGACUCCGAGUGCCCCUCCUGGGAAGUGGAUGUUUCGGCUGUUGCGCCAUAUGGGUCUAAAUAAAAAUGCAAAUGUUAACUGUAAUUUAAGUACGUUCCAUUUUUAAGGGGCACACACAUUUGCAAUAAAUGAAAUGGAUCCGUAAAAUCUCUGGUGUAUACUUUUGGUUCGCUACACUGAAUGCAUUUGACAAUGAAAUAU